CCUUAUAUGGCCACUUCAUUUUCAUAAUCCUCUUCAACAUUUCAUUAAGCUUUGACAUUAGAGGGAUUUUAUUCUAUAACUAAGAAAAGAAAAAAAAAAAAACCCAUUAUUUUCCCUAGUUAAGGUCUGGUAUGGUGAACUCGGCUAAGAAGAUGAACAUGGAAGAAAGCAAGUAUAGAACAAUAGCUAUUGUAGCAACGACACCUCUCAUCAUCAUCGGAGGAAUUUGCAUUGGGUGGAAAUAUGUGAGCCGUGCAUGGAACAAUAAAAAAACCGAUCAUCGGCGGCAGCAAAAGAUACCGAGAUCCAUUUCCAUGGCGGCCAUCCAUGGCGGAAAGCUAGCUUUGGACAGAUUGGUUAAUUAUGGCAAGCAGCAAUCAACAACACAAAGUGGUGAUGAUGUAGAACAGCUAAAGACUCUUCUUGAAAAUGAACAACCCCAUUACAAGGAACUUCAGCAAGUUCUUGGAAGACUAGAGAUGAACAGAAGAGAAGAUGAAGCAAUAAAAAUAUUGAAAAAAGCAAUGAAGAAGAAAAAGGCACAAAUGAAGCCCAAUUCAAAUGAAGCUAAUGAGAUUGGAUUUUUGCUUGCUGAAUUGUACAUCUACAAGGGAGAUGUUCAAAAGGCUUCGAAGUGCUUAGCAAAAGUAGAGGCUUCUGAUGCAAAAUUCUCUCUUUAUAAGGCUAUUAUUUCCAUGAUGGAUCAAAAGGAACAAGAAGCCAUUCAACAUUGGGAAACCUUUAAAGAAAUUCAAAACCAGACAAUCCCAUCAAGUUUCAAUGAAGAAGAAUUCACUGAGUUCAAGAAUGCAGUCUAUCUACUCAAACAAGACAUUGAUGCUGCUGCAACACAACUCAAAAAGCAAUAAAUCUACCAAAGCUUCAUUGAUGUAUGUAUAUGUAGUUUGUUUAUUCUUAUAGUAAAUUGGAGGGGUGUGGGAAAGGAAAUCUUAUAAAGAAAAUAGUGCUUUGUAUUCCUUAAUUAUUUCUUUGAGUGCAUAUGUCUCUAUCAUCUCAAACAAAUUUUAAGUGUUCGGCGUUGUUUUGAUGCUUCGUAACGAGGGGUCGGCUGCUUCGAGAGAAGUUUUUAAAGUGUUUUUCGUCAAGAUGUCAAUCGGUCUCACAAUAAUCAAAAGUAUUAUUCCGAUAUCAGAGUUUUGUCCUUGGCAUUUGCGAAGAACCAUGUAUGAUUCACGUGAGCUCUUGCAGGUCGUAUCUCCAUCAACUAAGGUACCCCUGUGAACCGUACAUGACUCUUCAUGGAGGUCGAGGACAAAACACUGACACAGAGAUAAUACCUUCUACUAUUGAGGGACAAAUUGACUGCCCGACAAAUGACUCUUCGAAGACUUCGUCCAAAGGAGCCAACCCCUUCAACUAUUCACACACAUGUUCUUUUUACUAAUGUUGUAAGAACUCGUGAUCAAACUGAUCAAACCAUUAAAUUUUUGUUCAACCUAUUUGAUUCUAA